CUUCAUCCGGCUUCCCAAACUAGAAGAACUACAAUCCCCAGCAGGCGCCGCGCUGCCAGGCUGGCUCCUCCCCCUGCCCCCCUUCUUCCCCGAGCGGCUUGACCAGAGCUGCUACAACUGCAGCAAGAAGUAGGGCUGAGGCAUUGGAAGCUGCACCGACAGGCUGUCGGUCGCACAGAAAGACACACAGAUAUAGUCGUGUGCAUAGUCCUUGACAGCAAAUAGCCGCAUGUAGUGUGAAGACUUCUUCCCCUUUCCUCUGUUUCCCGUCCUGAGAGGAAGGAGUGGGAGGCAGGCCAGGACCAGGAGAUGAUAAGGCUUCAGCCCCCGGCCCGGCCCAGACCACGUCUGUGUUUCUCGAGCCACUGACCGCACUCCACUACCAGCCUCUGCAGGUCAUUGCUGUAUCUUUGCCUCCCUUUACCCCUUUGGUUGCUGGGGGAGCAAAGCUCAGGACUAGCGUCCUAGCUGCGAGCCUGGGUCUCAGUGACUUCCGGAAGAACAGCCUAGGAUGCUGGUGUCAUUAGUUAGAAGCAUCUGCUGAAAGAUUGGGAGCAGAAGAAGGUGUCUACUCCAAGCCAGACCAACUGUAACACAGAGUCAACAGCCGCCCUGGAGGAGGCCAAGUAUGCCAGGAUGCCAAAUCUGUGCCGUCUCAUGAAAUCCUAGCAGCCCUUCAAGAUAGGAAUUACUCUCUCACCUUGGGCCAUGCAGAAGGACACAGUGGUGGACUGGACAGACAAGACACAUUCUUAUAGGAAGAAGACAGAUGACCCCUGGUGCUCCUGGGAGCCCCCCAACACCCCCUGAGCCUCAUGACCCUGGUAGUGCCCUGCCCCUGACACCCCGGAUAGAGAGCCACUCAGAGGAGGAAGAUCCGAGCGGGGCUGGCAGUGGCCUGGGCUGGAUCAGCAGGGGCUCCGGGACCCAGAGCCCCUGGGGCAGCUCGGUGGAAGCCGUGCUGGGCCGGAAGAAGCACCGCCGGAGGCCUUCCAAGCGCAAACGCCACUGGCGGCCCUACCUGGAGCUGAGCUGGGCCGAGAAGCAGCAGCGGGAUGAGAGGCAGAGCCAGAGGGCCUCCCGGGUGCGCGAGGAGAUGUUUGCCAAAGGCCAGCCCGUGGCGCCCUACAACACCACCCAGUUUCUGAUGAACGACCGCGACCCUGAGGAGCCCGACCUCGAGGCGCCCCACGGGGCCUCCCACCCCGGCUCCAGCGGGGAGAGCGAGGCCGGGGAAGGCGACGGCCGGGGCCGCGCUCAGGGCGAGUUCCAGCAGAGGGACUUCUCUGAGGCCUACGAGCGCUACCACGCGGAGAGCCUGCAGGGCCGCAGCAAGGAGGAGCUGGUUCGAGACUACCUCGAUCUGGAGAGGCGGCUGUCACAGGCCGAGGAGGAGAGCCGGAGGCUGCAGCAGCUGCAGGGGUACGCCGGGCGGCAGCCCUGCCGCCAGGUGGAGGAGCUGGCUGCCGAGGUCCAGAGGCUCCGGACAGAGAACCGGCGGCUGCGGCAGGAGAACACCAGGUGGAACCGAGAGGGCGGCGGCGGCCGCGGUGGGGAGCCAGGCACCUAGGGGGGGGGGAACCUCCCCCCAACCCCCGCCAGGAUCAGGUCCCGUUUCAAUACACGCUGGGGCAGCUGGGGCUCCGGGAGGCAGGUGACAGAUGAAAACCACUUCCGGCCCCUCUGUGGCCCCUGAGAACAGCGAAAGUAGGUUCAGCCUUCCACCUGGUCAUUUCUGUAAUUUGGUCUUUGAUGUCUUCUUAUUUUUCACAAAGAAAUUAAAGGAUUUUCACGAGCCCAAAUGGAAGUGGCUAGGAUUGAUUUCACUGGGGCUGCUCUGAGAAUCAGAGUAUACUGUGUCCCAGAGAGGUUUGGGCCUGUGGUCCCAAUCCCUGCCUUUCCCCAAGCCUGGGAGGCCUCUGUACUGGGGAACCACCAAGACCUCCAGGAUGCCUGAAUUCUGCUCUGUGUGUCCGGGAACAAUCAGGCUGCUCUGAAGGUAUUACAGAGGAUGAGGCAAGGGGAGGGGGCGCUCAGGAACCACCGGGUUGGGCCAGAACUUGACUUAAGGUGCCAGAUUGCUGUGAGGAGCUGCGGGUGUCCCUGGAGGGGAGAGGGCUGGGACUUAGGAGGGCUUCGGUCAGGCUUUGUUCCCAGGCUCCCUGCAUUCUCCCUGUCCUCCCCAUAGCGUGGAGGGCCAAAGUGAAUGGCUUGUGUCUCCUUUCCUUGGCAGCCCCCUGGCCCCAUACCUCGAAGCCAAUGGCUGGGCAGGAUGUUAACCAUCACUUUUGCCCCACUUACCUCCUGGAAGGGCACUUACAAGUAUGCCCUCAAGGGACGUUUUUCUACUUUUUUUUUUUUUUUUAAGGUUUUAUUGAUUUGAGGGGCACCUG